AGUAACAGCUCGGCACUCGAAAUCUAUCACGCCACGUGUGCGAUCUAUGUCACUAUUCCGCAGCCUUCAGAGUCACUUAGGAUGUAUACCGCACAGGUUGUCGAAACGUCAGUCACUGUCAAAAACAACAGUCCUAUUCAGUACUAUACGUUCACCCGGGCGAUCAAAAUCAACCUACUUUUGAAGCUACCUAGUCUUAUCUUGAUAAAAGUGUAGCCAUGAAUAGGGCCUUGAAAACAGGGACCAAUCUGCGCGAUGAUAAGAAACGUAUAUUAUGACAAACAUUCUACAAAUUAGUAAGGUUCCAGCCAUGAACAGCUUUUGUUUAUAACUUAAAGAAUAGCGUGCUUUCAUUUAUGAAUAAGGCUUUAAAGAUGCAAACGAGCAUACAUCGGGGCAGGCUAGCUUAGCCUACCCCUCUUAGGGCUUCAUGUUUCAUUGACUGCAUUAACCAUCUGGUCUGGUAAAUGUCUAUCUAUUAUGUGUUCACUUGAUGUCACGAGCUCUAACGUCUUAAUGUUUACGAGCCCGACCCCUUCCAGUGCAAUUGAAUACUGUAUUCAUUUGUUAAUGAGGCUUCCAAACUAAAUGCAAUAUGCAUGAGACUGCAUUUCUGCAUGGUUCAAUUUGAUCUGUUUAAUACUCCUCGGGGAUUUGCCAUUUUUUCUCUCUUGGUGGUCUGUUCCCCACCCCAGGGCACGCGGGAAAGAGAAACUUCUCCACUCCCGAGCUCCUGAUCGACCUCAUACGUCUUUUUGGGUACAAUUUUUUAGAGAAGAAUAUUGAUUUCCGUGCAAUAGCAAAAUGAGACGUUUGCAGAAAUUUUAUAAAUGUAUUCUGGAGUUUAUUGAGAGAAGGAUGAUAAGUGACAUGUAAAAUGUAGUUAAAACAUGAACAGUACAUUUGAAAACGAAAAUGAAGAAAAAACUCUUCAAGCGCCUCCUUGUUAGAGCACUUCAUAAGAACACUGGAUUGAAUCUCUGUUUAUCUAUAUAUGUUAAGAACCUUGUAUCUGUUUUCAUAUACAGUCUAUUUAAGUUGCCUUAUUAUUAAAGUAAUUUGAGAAAUAUUUCUUUAUUUCUUUUGUAAAAUAAAAUCCAUUCGAGUACUCAUCAUACGCUCAUUCGUGCCAAAUUUCAAAACAUACCUUCAAAUACAGACUUUAAUUUUGAUAGGUAAUUCCUCUCCAUCCACUUCCCGACAAAUUCCUGCGUUUUCCCUUGAAAACACGUAGUCAAGUUUCACAGCUUCGUGCAAACCGCGCGAGAAGUAACACGUACUUCGCAAAAUCAAAGAGAAGUUACUUUGAUUUGCUCCAACUUUGUCCUUAAGAUGUAAUUAAACUACACUUUUAUUUCUGUUGUUGUAGAUUCUACUCGUUGCUGAAGCGCUUCUGCUAGUCUCUAGCUUUUGCCCAGAAACGUUUUACCAACAUGGGAACAUAUGCUGCCAGCUUUGCUCUAAAGGCACGUAUCUCAGCCAUCCUUGUUCAGAGGACCGUGGGAGUUCCUCUUGUGAGGCUUGCCCUGUAAGUUAUAAAAACAUUUUUUUUAAUGUGAUUUUAGUCAUUCUUCUUAUCGAAUCCUCGUCACAAAGUUAAAUAAAGUCCAGCCAGAACUUAUUUCUGGCAACUUCAUUGAAAGUAUAAUCAGUACUCAGGGGGGUGGAGGGAUACUGAAGAAAGUUUUAUACUCGGAGAGGCUCCACCGCAAGGUCAAAUACCUUUGACAGAAAAUGUAGCCCUUUCGUAUACCUUCUAUUGACAAAUGGUACCUCUUUCACAAACGUAGAUUACAACUUUGCGUUCCUUUUAGGAUCUUUUAGUUGCUGUAAAUGCACUUUUUCAUAUAUGAAUCGAUCACAAAACCGUAGCGUUUUCUAAGCUUCUUCAAAGUCCAAAAAUUUACCUGUCAGCCUUUUUGGAGUUUUUUUACACAUCAAAAUGAAAGAUUUCCCUACCCUUACGUACACUCCAAGUAGUGAAAUCCCUACCCUUUCAUACCUACCCUUUCAUACCUGAAGCUUGAAAAAGGUACCCCUUUCUGGCGGAGCCUCCAUGUAUGGGCCAUUAUAGGGAGCGCCCUCCCCCCCCCCCCCCCCCCCCUCUUUGUUAAUAAUACUAAAAAGUGUUGAAAACUGGAAAAAAUAAAAAUAACAAAAAUAUAGCUUACCUUCAGCACGAUAACUAUGACCAAUUUUAUCAUUUAGAAUUUUUACAUACUGUUCUUUUCAAAGUCCAAAAAUUUACCUGUCAGCCUUUUUGGAGUUUUUUUACACAUCAAAAUGAAAGAUUUCCCUACCCUUACGUACACUCCAAGUAGCGAAAUCCCUACCCUUUCAUAUACCUGAAGCUUGAAAAAUAUACCCCUUUCUGGCGGAGCCUCCAUGUAUGGGCCAUUAUAGGGAUCGCCCCCCCCCCCCUUCCAGGGUACUUUGUAGUAAGAUGAAAUGAUGGACAGUCAAGGAUUGAAGGAACAACACAAUUAUUCCACAGGUUUUAGGCUGUGAAAUAAUUGUCCAUCAUUUCAUCUUAAAAUAUAGUGAGUGACUUCCUUUUUGGUGGUUUAAAAUUGUUUGCGGUCAGCUUUGUAACACAGAGAUUGUAAUUUUUGGUGGAGUAUCAUAAGGAGGCUUAACCAUUAUAUUAGAGAGCUUUAGAUUCUAAGACGAGGACGACAACGAGUACGACAUUUUCCCAAUACCUGAAUCUGGCGGGAAAACAUGAUAGCCGUCGUCAUUCUACUACGAGUUUUAGCGAGAAUGUAGUCAGGCGGGAACAAGUUAUGAAAUUUUAGAAGUUUAAUCAUUUUGCGACCGGGAAAGGGCUAAACCUUCUCCAAUAAAAAUAACCGCAUUAAGUUUUCAUGUGAAAAAUAGUACAAAGAAGCUUUCCGGGUUGAAUAUUUUUCGAGAAUACGCGAAAAAAAUUUAAGAUAAAUGUCGUACUCGUAGUCGCCCUCGUCUUCAAAUCUAAAGCUCUCUAUUGCUCCAGUGUGUUUCACAUUUAUGUAGUCAGUGGCGUCUCACUAGAAUCUUGUGUCUCCGUACCCUGUUAGCAGAUACAUCAUUUGGCUGUGAUUUAAGAUUGAAAGCACGCGAUGACACUUUUUAAGCGAAGAUAUCAUCGCCGCUGCCGUCCUCGGCGUUCCCUAUCACUUCAGAUACCCGGACGAGUCCUUAGGGUAGAAUGAUUUAUUUGUUUCCUUUGCUUUGACAGUCGUUCACGUUCAUGGACCAUAACAAUAACAACUCACAAUGUCAGCCAUGCACAAAGUGUGAACCAUCCCAAAUUGAACUUGAGGAAUGUGAAGCCAAGAAAAAUACGAAGUGCGGCUGCCCACGCGGCAAAUUCCACAAUUCACAUUACCUCUUUUGUAUGGACUGCAAAAAGUGUCCCGUGGGAGAGGGGGUGGUGAGACCCUGUUUAGAAGAUAGUGACACGAAAUGUGAACCAUGCCCAAAGGUAUGUAUAUAUAAUUAGUUAAUACUAGAAGUACAAUAUUUUAUGAACUGAAGAUUUGACUAGGUAUUUUAUUACAUAUAGUUUCGUACUACACGAUGGUGUAGCACUCUUCAGAGAAAAUAGCGUAAUGAUAGAUCACAACAGUACGCUGAUUAUAACUGAAAUUUCAAAAUGAAGUUAAAGUAGAAACAACGCUGUUUCUCUAGGUUCUAUUAUGUAACAGAAGAGAACUUGAAAUUUUUUAACAGAAAUUUGCUAGCGUGUCCUCACGAAGAUACAAGAUCGUUGCCUUUGUUAAGAGUGGCUAGAAGUGGCUUACAGAUUAUAAAACAUUUCUCCCACAGACAUAAAUUACACCGUUUUGAAGAGCGGUUGUAGGCGAUACCCUGCUUCAAGAAGUUAAUGUUACUGCCUUAAGGUUCCAUACAUUUUUACUUAGCUCGGUGCUCAUUCUCUUGCUAGAGUUGUUAAAUGAUGCUUUAUGGUUCGGGAAGCGGGUCUCUUAAAAGUGUUUUCAGCUACGCAAUAGAAUCCAAAUGCCUAGUCAAAUCUUCAGUUGAUAAAACAUUGUCUCUCUGGUAUUCCUGCUCUAGUCCUUCUAUUGACUACUCUGACAGCACUCCUGCAUCAGCUCAAAUCAAGUUAUUAGUUAAUAACGGUGUCGAACAAAACGCACCUUUAUCUCAGUGGCUUUCUAGUCGCUAGUUGCUUGCUGGUGAAGGUAUCACUUGUAUAAGUAGCCUGCGUAGCAAUCGUUUCCACGCGAGUUCGUCGCGAAAGUUGGGACGAGAGCACGAGCCAUCCAUUUUGGAGAUCAUUUGCUGUACUGUACAGUUGGCUCGGCUAGCCGGGCCUCCCUAUUCGAUCGUAGGGUUACCCAGCGGGGUCAACUCGGUCAAGGGGAGAUAAUCGGAGCAUGGGCGAGCGCUGUUGGCGCGGGCAAAGGGGUCAACCUGACUGAGAGGGUGACCCUCCUUCCCGGCAGAGCUUUUCCCAUAUCAGAUAAACCGGACGAGAAAAAAACUCACAUUUGCGUGGGGUAUUUUGAAAACGUCGAGGAAAUGACAAACUUGUUUCUUACUCUAGGGCACAUUCUCAGACCUGGAAAGUUUUGAAGACAAAUGCAUCAAGUGUACGAAGUGCGAACCAGCCGGAAUUAUGAUUGUCAAAGAAGAGUGUAACGCGUCUAGGGAUACCAUCUGCGAAAGAACAAACGUUACACUUCAUUUAAUUACGUCAUCACAGAGCUUUGCCUCUGGUAAGUAAGAAGUACAGUUGAACUUUUAUAAAGAGGCCACCUAUUAAGCAGCCACCUUCUAUUGAGCGGCCAGUAAUCAAAGGCCCGAAAUAAUUGUAGAAAAGAAUGGGUACUUAAACCGCUCUUAAGCGGCCGUGGCCAGCUUUUGGCCGUCCCAAAGAGAGUUCUCCCAUUGUUGACACCUCUAUUAAGCGGCCAUCAAGCCCUUGAUACACUAAGUUUGGCCUUAUUUCAGGAAUAUGAUGAAGGAAAAUGCUGUCCGAGAUAGAAGGUGGAGAUCGAUUGUGGACCAGUAAUGCUGCUCCCGUCGCGCGAUUGUUUCAAAAGAGAUGUUUCUGCAAAAGACUAUGCUAAUUUAUGACGUACCUCUAUUAAGCGGCCAAAGUUUAUUAAGCGUUGACUUGCCAACAGCCCGAGAGUGGCCGCUUAAUUAAUAGAGGUUCAAUUGUAUUGUAGGCUAAACUGACUUUGUCUUUAACAAUUUUAUUCGAGGGUAACUGGGGUUUUCGACUUUGCGGUUCUAUGCAUUGUUAAGAUUGAUUACUCGUUAUUCAGUAUUUUGUUCUUCAAAUUUGCCGUUUGUUCGUUUCAUCGUCCUUGACAGUUUCUAGUUUGAUUUUUGGACGCUUUGUUUUCGAUUUUUGAAAGAUUAUCUCACGAAAAAUCACCCGCCCAAUUUUGCUCGCUUCCCGGAAGAAUUAAAAUAUUCAGAACCCUGCACUCGCAAUUUUUGGGUAUUCUGUUAGGAUAAUUGAAUUCUUUCGGAUUCCGUUUCUACCAAAAGUUUAGGAAUAUUUUUUGGCUGUCCCCGUCCACUGGCAUCCUCGUAUUCUGCAGCCAACGUUUUUGCAAACCNNGGAAUUAUGAUUGUCAAAGAAGAGUGUAACGCGUCUAGGGAUACCAUCUGCGAAAGAACAAACGUUACACUUCAUUUAAUUACGUCAUCACAGAGCUUUGCCUCUGGUAAGUAAGAAGUACAGUUGAACUUUUAUAAAGAGGCCACCUAUUAAGCAGCCACCUUCUAUUGAGCGGCCAGUAAUCAAAGGCCCGAAAUAAUUGUAGAAAAGAAUGGGUACCUAAACCGCUCUUAAGCGGCCGCGGCCAGCUUUUGGCCGUCCCAAAGAGAGUUCUCCCAUUGUUGACACCUCUAUUAAGCGGCCAUCAAGCCCUUGAUACACUAAGUUUGGCCUUAUUUCAGGAAUAUGAUGAAGGAAAAUGCUGUCCGAGAUAGAAGGUGGAGAUCGAUUGUGGACCAGUAAUGCUGCUCCCGUCGCGCGAUUGUUUCAAAAGAGAUGUUUCUGCAAAAGACUAUGCUAAUUUAUGACGUACCUCUAUUAAGCGGCCAAAGUUUAUUAAGCGUUGACUUGCCAACAGCCCGAGAGUGGCCGCUUAAUUAAUAGAGGUUCAAUUGUAUUGUAGGCUAAACUGACUUUGUCUUUAACAAUUUUAUUCGAGGGUAACUGGGGUUUUCGACUUUGCGGUUCUAUGCAUUGUUAAGAUUGAUUACUCGUUAUUCAGUAUUUUGUUCUUCAAAUUUGCCGUUUGUUCGUUUCAUCGUCCUUGACAGUUUCUAGUUUGAUUUUUGGACGCUUUGUUUUCGAUUUUUGAAAGACUAUCUCACGAAAAAUCACCCGCCCAAUUUUGCUCGCUUCCCGGAAGAAUUAAAAUAUUCAGAACCCUGCACUCGCAAUUUUUGGGUAUUCUGUUAGGAUAAUUGAAUUCUUUCGGAUUCCGUUUCUACCAAAAGUUUAGGAAUAUUUUUUGGCUGUCCCCGUCCACUGGCAUCCUCGUAUUCUGCAGCCAACGUUUUUGCAAACCCCCUUCAAAACUCGCUCCAAUUAGUUUUUUUCUCUAUCUUUAUGUUCCCUAUCUAAAAAGGACGCUUUUACUGACCUCCCUGUCAGUUUUCGACGCGCAUUAACUAGAUAGCAGAAAGAUAUCCUCAGAAAAUGUAGUCCACAAACCUGAUUUUCCUUUGGAAUUUCUUUCAGCCACUCUUCAGCAAGUUUAUUCCAGUGUUACAGGGAAUCCUCAUCAAGUUACAGUAAAGACUAGCUCGCAGUACAAAUACAUCAUCGCCAUCGUUUCUGUUGGCUUGAUAAUUUGUGUCGUUGUGGCAGCUUUUCUUUGUUUUGUCUUAAAACGAAGACGAUCUGGUGGUACCUGCGCAGAUACCUCCCAUACUCAAGGUAGGUUGAAUAUCUUCGGUAUCCGGUCACCUCGCCACCAAACCAUUUCGCCACCAAGAAUAGGACUUUUAAACUUUACAGUGCGACUUCUCGAACGGGGGCACUUGGUAGAAGAUCAUCCAAUCACAAUGUUUUUUGAAUACAAUAGAUUUUCAGUUCCUUUCAAGUUCCUACGUUCAGAACUAACAGAAGACGCUUUCAUUCAGUACCAAGGUCCCUUGCUUUUUAACUCACUUAGUCUAGACAUUCUAGUUCUCUCUCAGUUAGAGUAUCAACUUUUAAGAAAAAACUGAAGAAACACCUUCUCAUUUAACUAAUCUCUUUCUUUCCCUCCAUCCCCUUUUGUCAGCUUUGUGUUUUGUCUUUAUUUUUUUUCCUUAUCUCUUUUUUGUUUGUUUGAUACCUUAUUUCUUCGUAUUAUUGUUUCGCUGCCUUCGCCGUUCAGUUAAAGUGAUAUUGAGUUUAUCUUUUGUAAUUUAAUAGGGAAAGACCACGUUGUAUAAGCCUCAUGGUUUCUUUGGGCUUUCUUGCCAUAUUCUAACAGAUUCCUGUAAUUCAUUACUAUGUCCUAAUAAGGUGGCGAAAUAAAAUAAAAAUAAAAAAUUGUCUAAUUUUUGCAAACGGACCAAUAAAAUUCAAGGUUCCGACUAUGCAACUGUUGAAAACUUUUUAAACUUAUACAGUACCUUACACUGUAAUUUUCAGGGAGUUAUAAUAACUCCUCUAGUGGGGCUAAUUUAACUCCUUACAGUGGAGUUAUUUUUCGUGGAGUUAUUUUAACUCCAAAAAGGAGUUUAAAGAACUCUUUUUCAGGAGUAAAAGUGACCCCAGAUAUUGAGGAGUUAAAAUAACCCCCAAAAAGGAGUUAUCCUGUACCUAAAAUUUUUACUCCACUUUCAGAGUUAAAUUAACUCCAAAAAGAGUAAAAACAACCCAUGUAAGGAGUAUAAGUAACCCCAUUUCGGAGUAAUUUUAACUCCAGACUGGGAGUAAAAGAACUCUUUUUCAGGAGUAAAAAUGAUCCCAAAUUCGCAGUUAAAUUAGGAGUUAAAAUAACCCCAAAAAUGGGGUUAUCCUGUACCUAAAAUUUUUACUCCAUUUUUGGAGUUAUAAUAACUCCCUAAAAAUUACGGUGUACCUUUCAGGAAACAGCCAUCAAAUUUAUAAAUAUCAUUGGUCCGUUUGCAAAACAAUUGAGAAUCCUUUGUAUUCAAAAACCGUUGUGAUUGGGUAAUCUUCUUCCUCGUGCCCCGGUUCGAGUAGUCGCACUGUAAGAAGUCCUAAGAACAUCCAUCAAAUGAAAAGGACUUUCAUAAAAAGACAUUUUCUCUGAACCGUUACUUUAUCAUAUUCCAAAGAAAUGACUGGAACUUGUGAAAUGUUUUGUAUUUGGUAUCUGGUAUUUGUGCCAGUUUUUUUAAGUGAUUGCAUGGAAGGUAAAUGUCGAACAUAAACCGAACAUUAUAUGUCGAACAUUAUCCGAAUCUAUUUUCAGUAUUUGGAGUGUAUUACUAAAAAUCAUGAAAAGUUCGACGCAAGGAUCGUUAGUUAGGAUCGACAGAUUUUUUUACUUCCUCGUCAAGCAGUGAUUGCUUGGCGAAGAAGUAAAAAUCCUAGGUAAGUAAUACUAUGUAAUCAAACUGUGUCUACUAGUAUAGUUAUUCGUUUGUGACGAGUCCACUUCUUGGUGGCGAGAUGACUGUAAAUACUCCUCGAUAGCCAGUAUUUUACAGGAAUGAUGUAAAACGCAAUCUAGCUAAUUUCAACCAUUAGAAAAUAUUGUUGAAGAAGAUUGAUUGCAAUUGGGCAGCAAUUGGGGUCGACCUAUAAUCUGUACUUAAGGCGAGGCCUUUCACUAAACACCGUAACCGAUCUAAUAGGCUCCCGUGGCGUCUAUUUAAGUUUAGAAGCCCGAACGGGGGCGUAUGAUAGAUAAGAGGCGUUUAAAAGAUAAGGACGUUUAUUCUAAUAACCGUCUUAAACGAACGCCACAAAACUAAUGCGCUUACGGCGAAUAUAUCACUGCAAUUUAUAAAUACAGUCAAACUCUCGCCUUGAGGACAACCCGCUAUAACGGACACCCCGAUAAAACGGACAGUAACUAAAUCGCCGGCAAAAGCAAAUUACAGACGUUUGACUGAAAUGAACUCCCGCUAUUACGGACUCUCGCUAAGAGGCACUAACUCGAGGUCACCAUUUUGUAGAAGUCUGUGAGCGUGAAUACCAUUUUCCGGUUCCAGCGACCGCGGGGUCAGGAACUCCGGCGCAAUUACGUUCGUCCCAAGGACUACGAGGAAGAAGAAAUCAUCACUCAAGAAACAGCAUUCACAGGAAAGAAUCAGAAUCGCCGCAGGAUGAAAACAACGGCAAGAGUAAGUAAAGCUAUCGUGGUCCCUCUUUAUGCAUGAAACGUCCUCAUGGUUAUAACAGGGGCACCCAAAGACGGUUUCCUCCUAAAUACAUUGAAAACACUUUUUAGGCUAUCUAGAGUACUUUGGAUCUCUAGAAAUGAUAUUCUAAGCUGCGCUAUAAAAUUUGUAUCUGUUCGGUCAUCCUACGGGAACGUGAGUGUUCUCAAAAUUACAAGGGCUUCAGUAUUAUUUUCCUGAAAAUUUUAGACGCAAUUUAACGUAUUACGAAGGUGACAAUUUUCUGAUCCUCCCUCCAUCACAGUUUUGAAUCCGAAAAUUUUAGGCUUCCUAUUUGCUACGAAAAAUAGUCUAACCUGGGGAGUGAAAUGUGAAAAAUCAAGCUUCAGAAAAUCGUGGGGAAUUUUUUAAAUAAACUUGAAAAAUGGUGCAUGAAUGGAAUGGUCAUCUAGAAAUUUUUAGCCGUCCUCAAGUAAUACAAAAUUCUAGGCAAUAUUUGGUUCUCCGAACAGAUAUUUUACCGAAAACAGUCGUUGGGUGCCCCUGUUAAGACGAUCGAACACUAUGGGCGCUUUCCAUUGAGCCCAAAUUUGCGGUUAGAAAUAAAAUGGAGCGGAUCAUUUCGGUUCGGUCCAACCGGUUUAUUUGAGACCACCUUUGACCGAUCCGGUCUUUUUGGUCGGUCGGACCGAAAUGUUCCUUUCCAUUUGACAAAAUUGUUGUCCCCACUACCGCUCUUUUGUAUCCUGCUUCCCUUCGCUAUAUAAGCCCUGGUAAAAUUCCUUACGAAAAUGUGUAAGUCCAGGCCUUAUGAGAGUCAGUUUGCAGUACUUUGAGAAGGAAUUUUGAAGCAUUUCCAGUGAUUCUAGGAAACUUAAAUUUCACAUUUUCCUGUGGGAGCAAGUCCCUGGAUCUUCUUGGUAUGCUAACUCUUACGCGCGUAAUGUAACCAAGAAAUCUGGAAACUGCACUAGGAAUUUCCGUCCAUUCCAAACGUUCAAUACAUUAAAAUUCUAACAUGACUCCGUGGCUUUCUCGUCAUUUUUCUAUGCAGUCGAACCUCCACGUGCAACCGCCUCCCAUAAGUAACCACAGAUCCAAAACACCAAACUUCUCCCAGUAAAAGCCUUACAGUUGAAACCUCUUAGACUAGCAAACGACCACCCCCCGUAAGCGCCCGUGACCCCUUAAUGAUUUUCUAUUGUUUUUAACCUCUUGUAAGCAACCACUUGACGCAUUCUGUGAUCUCUAUGUUCGCUGUGUGCACUGUGUUACCUAGAAUAUACGAAAAACAUUAGUAACAACUUGGACCUACACAUGCCGUAACUUGCAUGCAACAAAUUACCUUCCAUAAAGUAGAUGUGCCCGGGCCUCUUCUCGGAAGAGGCUCCCUGUGGUUCGAUUCUUGUAAGCGACCACCUGGUCUUUUCAUUUUGGGUCGUCGCUUACAGGAGCUUCGACUGUAUUUGGUUCGGUUUUCUUUUUGCUUAAGUCUCUUAUGGGAACUGCGAGACAAUGGAGUCGUGAAAAAUACGCAAUUUAGUCCCUAAAGCCUUGGAGUCAUGUGAGAAUUUUGGUAGUCAAACGUGGGUUAUUAAGGAAUGUGGGAAAACGAUAAAGGAACUGGGACCGAAAUGCGUCUCGCAAUUGUUUUUGGGAUCAUUGCAGGGGACGCGCAGGUCAACCAUUGGUCUAUUCUUUCCCUGUGCCUAGCAACAGUCCCAGAAGUCUUUGCAAACGUUAACUCGGACCAGUCUCCUCGCUUUUAAAUUGGCGAAUUAAGGAAUGUGGAAGCCGUGCAGGAGAAAUAAGAAGUUUGGGAAGAUAUGGAAAAUUGGUAGAUACCUCUGAUAAAACCUUACAUACGCAACUGCUUUUGUUACUGCCUUGCAGACAAGAUGCUCGUCCGAGAUUUACCCGGACAUAUUUUUAUAGAAUUGGGUAGACUUCUUAACCCAAAGUCUUUUAACAACUGGGCAAAAUUGGCAGGACUUCUUGGCUUUACAAGCACUCACGUUCAAAACUUUGGGUUAGAACCAGAGGAGGCGACCCAAAAUUUAUUGAACGAGUGGGGGCAGCAGGAAGGAUCGACGGUCGAUGUUCUCAUUGACAUUUUCAAGGAAAUGAAGCGGGACGACUGUCUUCAAGUGCUGAAGGAAUGGAGCAGUUAA